ACGCACCAGAAGUCAAGAGACACGCCGAGCAAUAAAUCCACGUGAACGAGUGGCUCAAGGUGGUGCUCCCCAAGUUGCCAAUUUCCCCAGAUUCGUCGACAGUUCUUUUUGGGUGUUCCAACAGAAGAGGUUUCUUGGUGGAUGGAUAUGAUGACAGCUACGUGGAUGCUGUGCCUUGCUCUCUGCUCCACGGCGAUGGCGAUGGAGGAGGAAUCGGGCAGUGGACUGUUCAACGUCACCGCGAGUCCCUCGGAUACGGAAGCUUCUCCAAAACUGCCCAGCGAAGUGCAGAAAGCGGUUUGCACUGUGACUGCGGGUGAGGUGAAGGCGUCUGCCGAGGCUGUCACCACAAAAACCCUUAAGGGAGUGUGUGGAUCAGGUGGGUGGUCAGUGGUCUCUUGCCCGUUUGAUCUUGAAAUUAUUUGUGGUUUGUGUGCAGAUGAAAUGAACAUGGCCUUCCGGAGUCUGGAGAACAAGCUCUACGAAGAGCUUCGUGUAAUGAAACUGAUUUUGGUGCACUUGGCCAAGGCGAAUGGACUUAAGCUCAAUACAGCCUUUUCCACAUCUCUGCCCUCUCCACCUCCGACUGUGAGGCCAAUCACCAGCGCUGCGUUGCCGCCAAUCUUCAAGCCAAUCGAUCCUCCCAAGAAGCUUUCCAAUUCAACCAAUUCGAAAGCCGAGGAGAACGAAGUUGCUCCAGACUUCGGACUCAAGAAGAAUCCUACUCUGAAAAACUUGGAGACGAACGCAAAUCUUGGAGCUCGGGAAACGGAAGUCGAUAAGUUUAAUAACACUGUACUGGCCGAUCAGGAUGUAAAGUUGUUCACUUACUAUUGGAAGCUGGAGAACGUUACGGAACUAAUCAAAGCACCUAAAUUGGCCACUGUCAGUAGUCCGAUAUUCAGCUUUAAAGGCAAGUCCCUGCAACUAAAGUGCACUUUCCAUCACAUGAAUCGCGAGCUGCUGAACCUGCAACUGGGAUACGGCGUCUUUAACCCGAAAUCUAAAACUGGCCAAAGCAACAACAUCUUGUUAGAAAUGGACGGAAUUUUCCAGAACACUAAGUGGACCGAAGAUAUCCAGCUGAAGCACAAAAUUUCCAUACUGGAUCAAAGUCACACCCACCGAAGAACGCAAGAUCUCAGUUCACAGGUGCUGAACAAGCUGGACAUGGGCUUCUCCAUCCCGAACAGCGUGCUCCUCGGUAGCUCUUACAUCAAGCAGAACGCGCUGUUGAUCCAGAUUCUUUUAUAUUUGUGAAUGACAGAACAAUGUUUU